UCCUGUUAGUUUUGGAUGCGCUCGGCUCCAACCAAUCAGACGCAACCUGUGUAAGCAAAGGAUGAUGGGAGAACGGAGAGACCCGUUUAUAAGAAUAAGAAAAGGAGGCGGAAUUGAUUGAUUCUAAUGCAGAUCAGCAUCAAUGUCCACGUGAAGAACCUAGUUAUGUUGCCAGUGUCAACCCAACAAAAGGCACUUUCACAAUAUAUAAAAGAAGUGUAUGGAACUGAGGUGCUUCCUCAGGUUGUUGGAGGAUGGAGAAGAGGACGCAGCCGUGACUUGUGAGAUGGCGUCUGAGUCAGCUACUACUCACUAGGAGAUCAGAAACAUGGUGUCCUUGCAAAAGUGGAAAGAGGCCAGGCCUUGUCUUAUAGACAAAAUGUUAUCUACUCUGGAUCCACAGUCACACCGUGUGUGUCAGUGUGGCAAACAAGUAGUUGUGAGGUGUCUGGACUGCCUGCCUCUUCCAUUCCUUUGUGCUGACUGUGAUAUUGCAGUUCACACACGCUUUGUCCUGCACAACCAAGAGGCAGUAACAGGAGGGUUUUUGCAGCCUUCAUCAGAGUUUCACAAGCCAAUAGGUACGGUUUUUAAGUCCUAUGCAUUUCUUGCUAUGUUCUAUGAGUGGGUGCUGUUAUUGUAUAUUUAUUGUGUAUCAGUUAAUUUCCAAUUCUUUUUAUAUAUAUUGUGUGUUUUUAAUGUUAGUUCGGCUGUUGCCUGUGCAAAGGCCAGACCAUGUGUGUGACUGCCAAGCAGGUAAUGUUGAGGUUUCACCCGGCGCAGUUGUGGCUCUUGUAACCAUAAAUGGUUGCCCUUUUGUCACACACUACAUACACAAUAGAUGUGUUUGCAGGUUUUAGUGCAGAUUGUACAUUGCUAUCAUCAUUGUUUAUUUAUAUAGCACUUUAAAAACACACAAGGCUGACCAAAGUGCUGAACAAUAGAAACAUAAUAGAUACAUCUUUAAGAAUUGCUAUCUUGUUUUGAAUUACCCUCGGCCUGCAGUAUAUGUGGGCACCUGUCAAAGGUCAUUUGGAUUUACUUUGCUUUGCUUUGAAAACAACAUAAAAUCUUCACAACAUGAAAAAAAUGAAUGCUUUGACCCAUGACUGAAUUUAUCCUUAUCCUUUCUAAAGGCCGUUAUAACCUUGCACUGCCAGUGGUGAGCUGCACCACCUGUGACUUAAUGUGGUCCCCCUCAGUUAAGGACAUCCUGGGUAGUGGAUAUUGGCCUGGCACCUUAAAUUUCUGCACCCUGUUUUCAAUGGAUGCCUUUCAGUCUUUCUAUGACAUUAAGAAGGCUGCACCAGGGAUGUCAUGUCACUUAAGGCAUUUGUCAAAAUGCUGGAUGAAAGAACAGCCCAUUUUUGAAGGACUGGCCGAAUAUCAGCUGAUGCCUUCAGUAAAAGCUUUGUGGAGUGGAGUGCUGUUUGAGAUGGACAGGAUGUGCAAGGAGCCAUGCGUUAGCUGCCCUGCCUGCACUCCAGACGUGCUUGCCGUCUCAGUUGAUGGAAACUGGAAGCUUUAUCGCAUUCAAUCAAAUACAAGCACUUCAGAGCAGGCGAACUUUGAAGGUGUCUUCAUUGAGAAAGAUGAGGAAGUUGCUGAGUUUAUGAAAUACAUCCAGAGACACACAAAUGAUCGUCCCAGGACAUAUUACUUUCCUUUGCUCCGAUGUGUCCUGUAAAUAUUUCCCACAUUUAAUCAAGGUGGCUCAGCUGAGGAACCUCUUGUCAAUGCGUCCAUUUCUCUCCGUCAUGCAUGCAAAGGCUCUCAUUUGGAAAUGCGAGGGCGAACAGACAUGCUGACCCUCCUGGCUUUGGGGUGGACCAAAAGGAAAGUGGAACAACUGGGCCGCAGUUUGAGCCAGAGAUAUCUAAAGAUCAUAAGGAUCCUUAGAGAACAAAUGGAGAGCCUCAAUAUGACCAGAAAUGAGCUGGGUGUGGAUGACGACACACUGCAGCAAUGGGUGGCCGAUGUGCAGAAAUGGGCUGAAGAAACUGAUCAAACUGAUGGCAGCCUUGGAGCGUUGCAGGCACGACUAGAGGAGCUUGUCGUCAUCAUCAGAGUGCGAACACAAAGUCUUUACAGACAAAAUGAUAGCAACAAGAGGCGACGCAGAAUUCGCAAGGUCAUCUUAGAUGAGAAGAAACGCUUGGCGGCUGCUGUUGACGACUACAACAAGCUUGUUGAACCAACAGAGCAAAUCGUAUCCAGUGAUGCCCUCAUCCAGACCGACAUUUGGCUCUGGCAGAGCACAAGUGAACCUGCUGCUGACGUCCGGACAAAGAGAAAGGUCUUUGAGAAGGUGAUGGCUGUGAGGCGCCUGAGAGAGGACGAGAUGAUCCUUUGCAGGGAGAUGCGGCAUCACUGGACAGUGUUGCAAAUGCGAUCUGUGGUGUUGGGGACAAUCUCCUCAGACUCCUCCCUUGUUGGCAUGUCGGAGGAUGCACAGAAGGGACUCCGUAGCCUGGUUUAAAAAAACAAAGUGAACUGAAAGCUGAAAUGCUCAAAAUAAAGGACACGUACAAGAGAAUCCUCAGCCACCAACCACUCCUGGAAAUGGACUCGGAGGAGGAGGAAGACAUUCCAGACGAUGCCACUGAGAGUGAUUUGAGCACUUCUGAUGAAGACUGAUUGUGUCAUCAUUGAUGUUAUUUUUGGUAAAAUAAAAAGUUAAUCACA